ACCCCCCGGUAAAACGCCAACAACGGGAACACUUUAAAGUGAUGAUCUAGAGCGCAAAUAUGUCAAAUACUGACACAUCGACGACAGUGGCAGCAUGGACAAACACUUGGCAACACAUGAUGAUGGCCGUCGGUCUGCUGGCGCUGCUGCUUCUGUCCGGCGGUGGCACUAACAUUCUCGUUUCGGCCGAAGGCAACAUUGGUUGCCUCUUUGCGGAAACACUUUGCUUGGAACACCUGGAAUGGUGCUAUGAUGACUUCGCCUUUGGAAAGUGUCUACCGCAGUAUGGGCUGGAACCGGAGGAACUCUUCCGCAAACCGCUGGAGGAGGACCAGAGCCGUAUCCUGGCGCGCAUGCUCGAGGAGCUUCAGGGGGCCGGUCUCGGUUGGGAGCACCCGUUCACCCAGUGCCGCAUCCAGGGUGCGCUAUUCGCCAUCCGCACCAACUCGGAGAUCCCGCAGACGCUGUGCGCUAAUCUAGCGCCCGAUCCGGAGAUCCUGGGCCCUCAGAGUCCUCUCGCUUUCGUACGCUUUACGCCACCGAACGAGGAGUACGCCGAUGAGGUAUACUAUCCACCGCCGAAGAAGGCGUUCGCGAGGCAGCUAGAGUCACCGGUAGAGUUAGACAUCCUGCCGGAGGUGGUUCCUUUGGAUCCACGUGGACCAUCGAUUGAGCUGGAGCGAGCGAGACUGCAAGAGUUGCAGAGAAGGAUGGCCCUGGGAAGAAUGCUCAAGCAGUACGAUGUCGACCAGCAACAUCCACCGGACGUAACGGACUAUCUCGAUAUGGGAGCAGAGAUGAACGAGAUCGAAGAUAGCCAGCUGUUACCGUUUAAGGCGGUGGAAGGCGAGCGUGAGUGGGCAUAUGGAGCAAGCAAGCGCGGUGGGACGGGAUCGGGUAUCUUUCGCGAUCAACAGGCAGGAAACGAUGAGGAACGUGCCCUAAAGGAGUUGGUCGAACGCUUAACACCAGCUGACGUGGAUCCGGAGUUUGAGUACAUCUAUCCCAAGACGUCAUCGUUCCGAGAGUACGCCAAAGAGCAUCACAUUCCGAAGAUAUCAAACUUUGCGCCGGAAAACGUCAACAGACUGCAGCAGGAAGCUGGAGCAGCAAAGGCCAACGAUCCGAACGUGGACAAGUUCUACACGCAUCCACACAAAGCUGCCCCACAUACCCGCAAUGAAAUUCCACCGCCGGGUAACUUCCGUGAGUCGGCUGUGGCGGCGUAUGCACCUGGUCCGGAAGCAGGUGGCUUGUACACCGAGGGAGGGUUCGUUUACGUUCCAAAGUCGGGUGGUCGACCGGGUAAGGAUGAAGCACGCACCCUGCUGGACAACAUUCUUGGUUUUACGAGACGGGAACGGUUGGACGUGAAGAAACCGGGACCACCGGCAGCACCACCACCAUCGGGCCAGAGUCCGAGUGAACCACCGAAGGAGAUGGCACCGUUGGAGGAAAAACCACAUCCGGCAACGGCUGGUGGUGAGGAUAAGCGGCCCAAAUCGAAGAAGGAAUUGUUUGCCCACACGGACGACGAUCAUGCACCGCACUCGGUCGAUACGGAGUACGCGCACGUUAUCCUGAAGAAUCCCAUCGACAACUGGAAGGAUGGAUCAAGGAUUGUAGCGGCACUUGCUGAGCUGUUGAACAUGCAGGGCUACUUCACGCAUCCGCGAGUCGAUCGGCACGAGGUGUCGUUCCGUGUGGAAUCGAAUCCGGAUCGCAAAACGGCUACCGAUGUUGCCAAGCAGAUCAAUGACAGUCGCUUCAAGAACAACCUUUCGCGACGGUUGGGUGUGCUCGUUAUACAGGCCGGUGUUGGUGAUAAGACGAAGGAAAAUGAUGUCUCUUCGCAGCGCUUGAAGCGUGUUGAGGAUGGACCGAACGUUACUCACGUGAUGGCGUACAUGUUUGCUGGUGCGGGUGCUGCAGCUGUUAUCGUUGUUGCGAUGACGCUGUUUCUUAUCCGCAAGCAUGACAAGAAGAAGGACAAACUGGGUGGAUUGCAGUCGGGGCUGAGCGGUGCCGAUAGCUCGAGCAAAGACUAUCAGGACUUGUGCCGGGCGCGUAUGGCAGGUGGAAAAACAGGACCUACUGGAUCGGAUUCCCCCGGAGGGCGCAUAACGGCACUGACGAAGGAAGCCGAAGCGAGACCACCAUCAUCCCGCUCGAGCACCUCGUCCUGGAGCGAGGAACCAGCGCUAACGAACAUGGACAUCUCGACCGGGCACAUGGUACUGUCGUACAUGGAGGAUCAUCUGCGCAACAAGGGUCGACUGCAGCGCGAAUGGGAAGCACUCUGCCGGUAUGAGGCGGAACCGAGUGCACGUGAUGCGGCUCUACAGUCGCAGUGUGCUCCACUGAAUCGCCCCGGUGCACCCUUGCCGUACGAUCAUUCGCGCGUUGUGCUGAACCAUCUGGCGAAUGCGGAGGGCAUGGACUACAUCAACGCUUCUACCAUUACCGAUCACGAUCCUCGUGCACCGGCGUAUGUUGCAGCUCAAGGCCCGAUGCAGUCGACACUGGCUCACUUCUGGCAGAUGGUGUGGGAGCAGGGAGCUGUCGUGCUGGUGGCGCUGUGUCGUCUGCAAGAGAACGGUGAACCUGCCUGUGCUCGCUACUGGCCCGAGGAAGGUGCCGAAGUGUACCACAUCUACGAGGUCCAUCUGGUUAGCGAGCACAUCUGGUGCGAUGACUAUCUUGUGAGGUCGUUCUACCUGAAGAACUUGCGGACCGGCGAAACGCGUACCGUGACACAAUUCCACUUCCUGUCCUGGCCACAGGGUGGUGUACCCACGUCCGCAAAGGCACUGCUUGACUUUAGACGCAAGGUGAACAAGUCGUACCGUGGCCGUUCGUGUCCGAUCGUUGUGCACAGCAGCAAUGGAUCGGGACGUACCGGUGCUUACAUCUUGCUCGACCUCGUCCUAGGGCGCAUGAACAAGGGUGCCCGGGAAAUUGACAUUGCCGCAACAUUGGAACAUCUGCGUGAUCAGCGCGCCGGACUUGUAGCCACCCGGCAACAGUUCGAGUUUGUUCUAAUGGCCGUCGCGGAAGAGGUGCACGCAAUCCUUAAGGCUCUGCCACAAUCCACCAGCAGCAACAAGGGCUCACAGGAGCAGGAUAAGGAUGGAAAUGCAGCACCGGAUGCUGCAAAACCGGGCGACAAACCAGUGGACAAAUGAAUUUUGAACUGAAGUUGUGAGCGGAUACGGAUGCAUUUAGUU